AUGGACUGGGUGGCUCUGUUUUUCCCUCUAACGGUGCUCCUUAGCCGAUGGAUUGUAGUGCCAGCGGCCGAGGAAACAUACUGGACCUACACCGGCUUGGUGGGCCAAUCGCAGUGGUCAACGUACUUUCCGGAGUGUAGUGGCUACUCUCAGUCUCCUAUUGACGUGGUGACGUCUCAGACCAAACACGACCCUACACUGAGCCCGCUGACCCCCCUGGGCUACAGCCAGCACGGCAACCAGCCCUUCUCUCUCUACAACAACGGACAUACAGUGGUGAUCGAGCUGCCGGACUGGAUGGGCCUACGGGGGCUACCCUGGCUAUACACGGCUGCCCAGAUGCACCUACACUGGGGCAGCGGGGGCCCAGGCCAUGGGGGCAGUGAACACACCAUUGACGGAGAGAGCACAGACGCAGAGCUCCACCUGGUCCACUACAAUUCAGACCUCUACCCCAACAUCUCCACGGCGAUGACCAAGGAGAACGGCUUAGCUGUGUUGGGGAUCCUCAUAGAGACAGGUCCGGAGAACAACCAAGCAUUUGAUAACAUCCUCAACUAUCUGGGACGCGUUAGACACGCAGACCAGAAAGUGUUCAUCCCGGCCUUCAACAUCGAGGCUCUGCUUCCCGGGAACAUGUGGCGGUACUAUCGCUACAAGGGCUCCCUGACCACCCCGCCCUGCGACCAGACCGUCCUCUGGACACUGUUCCAGGAGAGGAUCAGCAUCUCACAGGCCCAGCUGCUGAAGCUGGAGACGUCUCUGUACUCCAGCAGAGAAGAGGAACCAGACAAGAUGCUCCUCCAAGACAACUACCGCUCCACCCAGCCCCCCAACAACAGGGUGGUCCUCACCUCCUUUUCAGAAGGAUCACUCAAGGAUUUGUCCUCUGGUGAGGUCACCGCCAUAGUUGUGGGGGUCAUGUGUGGCUGCGUGGGUCUGGCCGUCAUCAUCCGUUUCAUCGUAAAGACGAUACGCUCUACCUCUAGCUGGGACGUCCUGCCCAGUAUCCGGCCCACCCCAAUGCCAAGGGCGAACAUGUCGGAGAAGCAGAAUGAACAGAAACAAGACGUUGCUCUCAGUUUGACAUCUGGAGGAGGAGGUCCUAAAGAAGAGCCCUUGUCUUCACUUAAAGCCGAGCCCUGACCAAUCAGGGAUCCCCAACAUCACCGCAACUCGGAGCAGUCUCUUAGGCUUAAGGCAAAAAAGUUUUUGGGCUCCUGUUUCCAUCCCCAUUCACUUAUCU